AUGCCUGUCUAUCUCAUCUCCAAAGCUGCAGACCCGCUCUUCGCGUUGGCAAUCGGCUCGUCAGCGGCGCUACUUCGCAUUAGGCGCGAAGAGAAGGAGAAGUAUCCAGACUCUGCAGCAGAGAUUGGGUAUGGAACUGUUUUGGGGACCGGAGGUGAGAGGUUGAAGAGAUGGUGGAAUGGGGAGUUUGAUGGUCCUGUUGCCGGUGGUGCGGAUGCCGCUACUAUUGCUCCAAAGCAGUGA